ACGACCCCUUGCUGUGUAGGCUAUUUUCGAAGGAUUCUUUCUGCAGUGCUUACAGUGGGUGGCAGUGAUAAUGCAGUUUUGCUAACAGACGUUUCAAAAGUGAAAGUUUUCUGUCAGACUCGCACUGUUUGGGUGUGCUGGUAAGAAAAGACAGACUGACAGGACGGGAACUCAGAAUCAUUAUCUUGAAUUCUACAGCAAUAUGAAGAACGUGUUUUUACUUUUUUCUUCCGUACUUUUGGACGGUGUGUUUGGCAAGACGAAAAAGGUGUCAGUGAAGGAGGGAGAUUGUCUCACUCUACACACCGAUGUCACUGAAAUACAGAGAAUAUUUUUGUUAAUGUGGAUGUAUGGAUCUCAAAACACUAUUAUCGCCAAAAUUGAUGGGAAAACUCAGGCAGUCUCGUUAUACGAUGUUGAUGAUGGGAGGUUUGAAGACAGACUGCAGUUGGACAAUAAGACUGGAUCUCUGAACAUCAGGGACAUCAGAACCAAACACUCUGGAGAUUAUCAUCUGAAGAUCAUCAGCAACGCGACCUUCCUCCAGACAUUCAGUGUUACUGUCCAUGAUGUGAUUUUUGCAGGGUUAGAAAACAAGAAAGAAGGAGAUUCUGUUACUCUGCACACUGGUGUUACUGAUUCACAGAAACAUGAUCUAAUACGGUGGACAUUUGGACCUACGAAUCCAGACAGCCUUAUAGCUGAAAUGAACAUUAAGAUUGAUGAGAUCACAUUCGGUCCAGAUGAUAUAUACAGAGAAAGACUCCAGCUGGAUCAUCAGACAGGAUCUCUCACCAUCAGAGAUGUCAGAACAACAGACACUGGAGUUUAUCAGCUACAGAUCUCCAACAGUAAAGAAACACUAUACAAGAGAUUCAACGUUUUUGUCACCAUUCCAGAACCAGGUCUGUCCACAGGAUAUAUUGUGCUGAUUUGUGCCCUGCUGUUUGCGGUUGUAUCUUCGGGUGUGAUUUACUAUAUGCUCAGAUACUAUAAACAGAAAGGUAAGUGUUGUCAAUAGAUAGCAAAAGUGAUAAAAGUUUUAGGGUCAUAUUAUUUACUAAACAGGGCAAAUUAGCUUGAGAGCACAGUUCCAUAAAAGCACUGAUGGGAGUGGAAAGUUCUGCGGUUGAUCUACGGACAAUGCACAUAUUAUUAAAGAACACAGAUGCAGCAGCUCAUUUCCAUAUUGACCAACGCAAUCUACCUAGUGCAGUGCAAAUGUGGCAAACAAUAUGUUCGGAUAACAUCUUCCACUGGUAUUCCAAAUGAAUGAACAUGACUGCCGUUUAUCCUCAUAGAGCAACUAUUGCAGCCAAGUGCAAAUGGGUUAUAAAUGAACCCUUUAAUCUAUGGUCAUUCAUAUGACUGCUGUUAUAAUCCUUUUAGGAAACAUAGCUGAAAAAUCUUCAAAGACAAUUUUUAUGUUCUUCUAUGUUAAAACAUUUUACGUCUUUUUUUACGGAGAAGGCGAUUAGUCACCAGAAGAGACAGACGGCAGUGCGUAAGUGUUUUAAUGCUCAUUCUUAGCUCUGUUGUUUAAAUUAAUUCCUUGUUGCUAGGAAAGAAUAGUUUGUUUCCUACCUAUUUCUAUUCUGCUUUUUCGUUGUGGUUUAUAUUUUUGAUUGCACUUAUUGAUCAUUAUAAUAACUGCCCUUUAGCUUAAACUCCUUUCCUGCACUUAAGUGCGAAGUGUUAGUUUCGAUUUGAGCCAUUGCCCUGCGAUUGGCUGGUGGUUGUGCUAAUUAAAAGCGACCACAGCUUUUUUUCACUCUAGACUGUGUAUUUGUUUGAGGUGUGUGCGCUGACGCGGAAGCGUCUGCGGAAGCGUUCAGCCGUCGUGUUCAGCCUCCUCGUGUGAAGACCGAGGAGUGUAAAGACCUGCGACUUUUUCCUGUGCGACUUGAACCGAGCAACGACACCGAGCUACACACUUAAGUCAGCACGGACUGCCCCUUCUAACCCCUGGUUAUCUGAUGUUCUUCGUGAACAUCGGACUAAACUCAGAGCGGCAGAGAGAAAAUGGCACAAAUCAAACAACCCGUCGGACCUGAAACAACAAACUGGACGCUAAACAGUCAGGUUUCAGGAGUGGCCAUUCAACUGAGACUGCGCUUCUCUCGGUCACUGAAGCCCUGCGAAUUGCAAAAGCCCAUUCCAAAUCAUCAGUCCUCAUUCUGCUGGAUCUAUCUGCCGCGUUUGACACUGUAAAUCAUCAGAUACUCCUCUCCACUCUCUCAUCACUGGGCAUCGCUGGAAUUCCACUUCGCUGGUUUGAAUCCUAUCUCACUGAUGAUCCAACGGUAGCUGCAAGGAUCUCAGGUUGCCUGUCAGACAUCUCGGCAUGGAUGAAAGAACAUCACCUCCAGCUCAACCUGGCAAAGACUGAGCUUCUUGUCUUUCCUGCCGCUCCAACUCUACAGCAUGACAUCACGAUCCAGUUAGGUUCAUCAACAAUUACCCCAUCAACUUCGGUCAGAAAUCUUGGUGUAAUCUUUGAUGACCAGCUGACCUUCAAAGACCACAUUGCAAAGACUGCUCGAUCUUGCAGGUUUGCACUACACAACAUCAGAAAGAUCAGGCCCUUUCUGACAGAGCAUGCUGCACAACUUCUUGUCCAGGCCCUUGUCAUUUCUAGGCUGGACUACUGCAAUGCUCUUCUGGCUGGACUUCCAUCAAACACAGUCAAACCUCUACAAAUGAUUCAGA